AUGCCCGGUUCAAGUUUCGCAACUCCUCCUCCAAACCCUCAACACGCCAUCCUCUCCUUUCCGGCACCGCACGUCCUCCUCGUCACGCUCAACAGACCACGCGACCUCAACUGCAUCAAUGCGCAGGGUCAUGCUGAUCUGCAUGAUGUAUGGGAGUGGAUGGACGAAGAGCCUAGCCUGCGCGUUGGCAUUCUGACUGGGAAAGGGAGGGCUUUCUGCGCUGGGGCUGAUUUGAAAGAAUGGAACACCCAAGCCAACAACACCGGCAAAAAAGCCCCCCAACCCCCCUCAGGCUUCGGCGGCGUAGCACGCCGAAAAGGCAAAAAGCCACUAAUCUGCGCCCUAAACGGCCUCUGUUUCGGCGGGGGCGCCGAAAUGAUCAUCAACGCGGACAUCGUAAUCGCCGCCUCACGGGCGGUAAUCGGGUUACCAGAAGUAAAGCGAGGCGUCGUUGCUAUGGCGGGGGCAUUACCUCGUCUUGUGCGGACUGUGGGGAAACAGCGUGCUAUGGAGAUGGUUUUGACUGGGCGGACUUUGUCGGCUGUUGAGGCUGAGAGGUGGGGAUUGGUUAAUGAGGUGGUUCAGGUUCCUGAUGUUGGUCGGGGUAAGGAUGAGGGGGAGAAUGAGGAGGAUUCGCGGAUUGUUGUUAAGAGGGCUUUGGGGUUUGCGGCUGAUAUUGCGGGGAAUAGUCCUGAUGCGGUGCUGGUUAGUCGGGAGGGGGUUAAGUUGGGGUGGGAGGGCAUUGGGGCGGAUGAGGCUACGGGAAUGUUGAGUGAGACUUGGGUAAAGAGGCUUUAUGAGGGGGAGAAUAUUAAGGAAGGGUUGCAGGCGUUUGUGGAGAAGAGGGCGCCUGUUUGGAAGGAUAGCAAGUUGUAG